CCUUCUCCCUCACCAUGGCUGGGCUGAGGUGGCCGCUGCCCGUGGCCCUGCUGGCGCUGAGUUUCUGCUUUGUCGUUGGCGCUCGGAGAUUCUGCAGUACUGAAGCAUUGGUGAGAACUGGAAAGCUCUUUCCUAAAGAAGGUACAGCUGACGGGGACAACCUGUUUUUUGACUCUGUUACACCUCUGUUGAUUCGGCAUCCCUGCAACCAAGAACUAGCUCUCUUUGUGGGACAUCAAGUUUUUCUUUCGAAAAACAACUUUGAAAGUAGCCUUAUUCCACUUUCCAUCCCUAAAAAAAUGCAGGCGGGAAUUCCCAAGAUCUCAUCAAUUAUUUAUUCAUCAUCACGAUUAGUAAUGAUAAUAAAUGGAAAAGUCUUUGGUUAUGAUUAUAACAAGAAGACCUGGGAUGCUGCUAGAGGUGUUGAGACUAAAGUUUCAACUCUUUCUGGUGAACACUGCUGCUAUAGCGUAGAAUACCACUGUUCAACUGUAAGUCAUUAUAUUUAUGCAUAUUCGAGAGGAAAACUUGAUGAUAGCAGCCACAUAUAUUUUUCAACCAGUGCAGGAUUGGAAUUUGAAGAAUUGGUUUUGGAAAAUAAGGUAAAUCAAAUGAAUUAUUUAGAAGGUGCCUUUUACUUUCAUUCUGUAUCGAACACCGGACUGCUUUAUAGUAAUGGAGUAGAUCAGGGAGUUUUUAAGUUUACCAGGCACCCGUUAGGAAAAAUCAUGCUGUCGCCGUUCACUAUGGCCUUUUCAGAAACCGUGACCAGCCUUCGCCCUCCAGGAUUGAAGGGGAUCAUAAUUUUCUGGACGAAAAGAGACAUGAAAAUUUCAUUUAAUUGUGGUCAGACUAUGGAUCCUGUUAUUAUUUGGAGGACAAGACGUUUUCCCCACACUUCCAUUUCUGCAAUCAACAGCUCUCUGUUCUACGUUACAGCCUCCGAAACGGAGCUGGCAGCUUUAACGGAGGAUUACCAGUUGUUUUAUGGCAGUAUGGGGUUGCAGCAAACUACUCUGAUCCAUAUUAAAAGAGAAUCUCUCUGGGUAAACGGAUCGGCUUUCAUGUUUCUUCGGACUGGAGUCCUUGAAAUAAUAAAGCCCCUGAAGGACCCUGGUUUGCGGGCUUUUGACUUUGACCAGUGUACUGUGAAUAUUCAGACUCUUGUCUUUGGCGCUGACCCCAAGCUGCCAGAGUGUCCGAUGGAAAUUCUCUCCGGACAGUUUUCAAACCAAAUGUACGUGAUAGACUUGGGUGAAAACAUGGAGUUGAGUGCUGCCUUUGUGCCCAAGCCAUCCAGGGGGACAUUUCCCAUCGUAACUGUGAGCAAUCCCCAUUCGCUUGGAUUCCAAGUUCAGAUCUUGGAAAAUGGCUACACCUCUGAUGGAAACAUUCAGUUCAUACUGAAAAUAGCAUUAGUUCAGCAACACAUUUCUGAGAAGACCGAGAAGGAUUUCACUUCCAGCCAGAAGCUAUCGAGCUUAUCUACCGUCACGGUGGACAUAGCGUACAAAGGCGUUUCCUGUAUAGAUCUCCAGCCCCUGACAGCUCUCAUUGUUCUUGGAUGUCCCCUGAAUAAAAGGAUCGAAGUUGUACGGGACAUCACAGUCUGCAACAGAGGCAUCAUGAACACAAAGGUCCUGGUGGAAAACUUCGCCUACACUAUCAGCAAGAAAAUCUACGACCCUUCCUUGAUGGGCGGUGAGAAUGAAGCUAAGGAAGACCGUGUCGUCCCGUACAACUACACACAGAUGGGGUGUCCUGCCCUGGUGUAUCACAAUUUCCCGUGGCGACCGCAGCUUGAACUGUGGCACGAUCAAACUUUUCUGGGCUAUAUUACCUCAGAGUUUGUCAUCCUGGAAGUGAACGGGAUUUUUGACUACACCUAUUUGUUGUCGGUCAAGGAAGCCAAGUGUGAAUCACAGCCGCAGAACUGGACUUCCGUAAUAAAAAGUUCCCGCCACAAAACACCGUUUUCUUGGAAUAGGGAGAAUUACGUCUCCUGCCACCAGAACAACAGCGAAGCACCUCUGAAGUGGCUGGGCCUCCCGUACGAAGUCCUGGGGGGCAGUACGUCCAACAGAGUUGUUUUUGCCAGAAGGAAUGGCUAUUACAUCUUUUCCAUCUCUGUCGUGGACCACAAUAUCAGCUACUGCAACUUGUCAACAACCUUCAGUAUUUACGUCUAUGGGGCCCUGCCUCGUUCUGUCAUUCCAGCCAUCCCGGUCGGAGCCGUUUUGUCGGUGCUCGGCUUCUUCUCCUUGUACAUGACGUACAGGGAACCGAACAAGUUACAGAUGAUAGAAGAAUCCAAGUGGACGCUACUUAAUAAAUCUCUGGGCAGUACUUUAAACAACUUGACCAGAGAUGGGCGGCGGAGUCCCAGGAGAGUCCUGGCCAAGUGGUAGAGGGGAGGGUAAAAUGGUUCAAAUAAAACGUG